AUGCAGCCGCCGUCGGGACCGCCGCUGGCCGCCAUAGAUCGGUUUCUCUACGGCCACCAAUUAUUACACAGCUGCGAUGACGUGGACGUGAUCGGAGGGUUCCCGCCGGAUCAAAGUUACUGCGGCGGCGAGUGGCGGCGCGUGGAKGAGGAAGAAGAAGAAGAAGAAAUUAUGUACAGUUGGGGCAGAAGUGGGGCAAAUUGUAAUUAUGAGCUGAUGAUGGAAAAUGAAGGCAAAAUUAUUUCCAAAGGGAAGAAAUUUAAGAAGGGCUCUUCUGCAAAUUUGAUUAAAGGCCAGUGGACUGAGGAAGAAGACAGGAAAUUAAUAAGAUUGGUGAAGCAACAUGGGGUGAGAAAAUGGGCACAGAUAGCCGAGAAGUUGGAGGGAAGAGCCGGGAAGCAAUGCCGCGAGAGAUGGCACAAUCAUUUGCGGCCUGAUAUUAAGAAGGAAAGUUGGAGCGAAGAGGAAGAGAGAAUACUAGUGGAGACUCAUGCAAAGGUUGGGAACCGAUGGGCAGAGAUAGCAAAAAGCAUUCCGGGAAGAACAGAAAACGCCAUAAAAAACCAUUGGAAUGCCACAAAAAGAAGGCAGAAUUCAAGGAGAAAGAACAAACGCCCCAACUCCCAAAAUGGCAAGCCUCACUCUUCUAUUCUUCAAGACUACAUCAAAAGCAAGCAUAACAUUCCCGCUCCAGCCACCGCAACCAUCGUCUCCGACGAUCCUUCGUCCCAUUUCAACCAUUUCUUCCCUGAAUCCUCUGACUCCACCUACAACCUCUCCCCGGCGAUCAUCUCGUCGCCUACGUACGACGACGAGCUUCUCUUCAUGCAGAACUUCUUUUCCAACUCGACCAAUCCACCACCCGCCCACGAUGCGCCAAUGACCGUUGUCGAUAAUCAACCUGCGGCGGAGUUUGUCUCCAUCGACUCCGAACUGAAAAUGGAGAAGCUGAAGGUUGGCGACGAAGUAGAUGAUCUUCAUCGUCGGAGCAACACUGCAACCGGCAGUUGCCAUCUGUAUUCUGACCUAUAUUUGUCAUAUCUUUUGAACGGGGCGGCGAACUCCAGCGACGGCGAUGAGCUUCAGAACAUGAUGGAGAUGGCGGAGAUGGAGGCGGCGGCCGCGGCGGGGAAAGGCCAAUGGCAGAGCUCUCAAGAAGGGAAAAGGGAACUGGAUUUGAUAGAAAUGCUGUCUUUCCAUUGUUACUCUUGA